GUAGCAACAACACUGAUUUCUGGUUAAAGUAAACAAAGCGAAUAAUCUAAGGAAAUCGAGGUAAAUCCUGAGUUAUGAGCAAUAGUGAGGACUCGCAGCAGUAUCUAAACGACAUGCUGGUGAAGGAGGAGGACGAGGCGUCCGGAGACGAAUCGGACAAACAGGAUGGAGGGAUUAUGCUGCGCGAACAGGACCGCUUCCUGCCCAUUUGCAACAUCAUCAAGAUCAUGAAGGUGCCGGUGCCGCAGAACGGCAAGAUAGCCAAGGACGCACGCGAGUGCAUCCAGGAGUGCGUUUCCGAGUUCAUAUCCUUCAUCAGCAGCGAGGCCAUCGAAAGGAGCGUGGCGGAGAACCGGAAAACAGUCAACGGCGACGACCUGCUGGUGGCCUUCAGCAAUCUGGGAUUCGACAACUACGUGGAGCCACUGUCCAUUUACCUGCAAAAGUACCGAGAGUCCAACAAAUCGGAUCGCAAUCUCUUCCUGGACGCCAGUUAUCCGCAUAACGAAGAUGGAUCCUCCACGAACGAGGCGGGAAAGCAGUAGCCCAUGGUUGGCCUACCCUGGUAGUUAAGGUUCUGUAGACAGUUCUGGCAGCAAAGAUAAAUUCUUA